GGUUCUGGUUCAUCCAACAGAGAUAAACGUGUCCUGGGUGUGCGUGGGGAUCUGGACCGGGACAGGGGAAAGGCUGUCAGGUGUCUUUCAGUCGGCAGCCAGGACGCGCCUUCCCUCCGAUGAUCCACGAUCAUGUUUUGUCUUCUCAGAAAUGUUCCCCCUUUUGUCCUCACUGGGUUUCAUCAGCCGCUCUCCUCUUUGACAUCUCAUUUCGCUGCUAUGCCAACCUUUGUACUGUCCCCCCUCCUUGUGUUGCAUCAGGGCUCAGCCAUCCAUAACUGUCAAGCUCAAUGAUGAACAAUAAUGAGAAGAGUGUGGAUGAAUGUUGAAAAGUGCCAUGGGGAUGAAACUUUAGCCACUAAUGCCCAGACUAAUGGGGGCCUCUCAAAGGUGUAGGUCAUCCAUAAAACUUUCUCGUUGUACUUCUCUUUACUCUGUGGGCGCGUUGUGGCUUCUGUUGAUGAUGGUAAUGACUGCAUACGCCUGCCCUAAAAGCUGCCACUGCACAGAAAGGAAUGGUGCGGUGGUGCAGUGCACGUCACGCAGCUUGGAGAACAUUCCGUCAAAUUUGCCAAAGGACACUAUCAUUCUUCUUCUGUCGUCGAACCGGAUCAGACACAUCCCCAAGGAGGCCUUCAAAGACCUCUACCGCCUCAGGGAACUGGACUUAUCUCACAACGCCAUUGAAAGUGUGGAGGUCGGUGCCUUCCAAGGAAUAUCCGAGAGCCUGAGGAUGCUGGAUCUUUCUAACAACCAGCUAAGCGGACUACCCAAGGACACCUUUGCCAAGCUCCACGCCCGGGUCCGCCUUUCCCACAAUCCCUGGCACUGCGAGUGCUCCCUGCAGGAGGUGCUCAGGGAGCUCCGGCUCGACCCGGAGACGGUGAACGAGGUGAGCUGCUACACAUCCGUCCAAGAGGAGUAUGUGGGACAGCCUGUAAUCCAAGUCCUGGACUCGGGGAUCAACUUCUGCAACUUCCACCAGAAGACGACGGAUGUGGCUAUGUUUGUGGCCAUGUUCUGCUGGUUCAGCAUGGUGACGGCGUACAUCAUUUACUAUAUCAGGCACAACCAGGAGGACGCCAGGAGGCACAUGGAGUAUCUCAAGUCCCUGCCCAGCACUUCCCAUAUAAGCAAGGACUACGACACGGCUAGCAGUGUGUUCUAAAAACUGGACACCAGGAAUAAUGACGCCAUUGUAUGUUUCUGCAAAUCAUGCAUACAAGUAAUCUUAAUGUAGCUUCUCAAUGGAUAGUCAUUUUUGCCUUUUGCCAAUAGGCAGGAAGUUUUUGGGAUGUGGAUAACACAAGAUCCAGGACUCUACAGCUACAGAUUGUAGUUGGCAGGUUUUGAGGUUUAAAUGUUAAACCACUUUGGUGAGGGUUAGGGGGUUUCAUUGGUGAUAAUAUCUAUCAGGUCAUUUACAGGUUACAUUUGUACCAUGUUUCAACUGACAGGUGACAUGUUUUAGUCUCGUUAAACACAAAAAUAAGAUGUUCCCUAUCAAAUGAACUCUAUUAUAUACAUUAUACUCUUUGUAUCAAGCCGAACCCUAAAGUUCUAUGAGCUUUUGCAUAAGGUUUCACAAAAAAGGUGGAUAUUACAAAGUAAAUUAUUGAUAAAUCUUCCUGAGACCAAGCAAUGCAUUUUUGUCCUCUGUAGGGGACACGAGUUUCACAGCAUUACCUUAAAAACAUAAUUAAAAAUGCUGUCCACUGCAAAGCACAUUCCAUUAAAAAAAGGUAAAAAUCUAACAUAUUGCAUCUUGCCGUUUCCGAGUAAGGCAAUUAUUUAAAUAUAAAAGCCAAACCUAUAACAUUCCUGGGGUCUCAAGAGGAAUAUACAAUGUAAGUGAUCUUUGCAAACUUUUUCUGUAUCAGACCAAACCUCAAACAGAUAUAAUUUCCUAAACCUAUAACCAAGGACAUCUAUUAAGGGUCAAGUUAAGUUGCAGCACAUUGUCAUUUCCAAAAAUUACACCACCGUUCAGUAAAUUGUAAAACAAAUGGUCUUGUAGGAAACAAAACAUCAA